AUUCAUCGUCAGUAAGGAAAGCACACAAUAAUGGAAAAAAUCAUAUUAUGAAUGUGCGCAACUAUUAUGCUGAAUUAGGGCAGGAUAAAGCGCAGGCUAUUAUUGAUGAGAUAACAAGAGCUUAUGAACGCGCGGGUCAAUCUGGAUUUCCGUCUCAAUACGGAUAUCCUGGUGCAGUGCCUCCACCAUCUGCCUCGGUUAUACCACCUGGACCACCAUUCACUGGACCCCCACCAGCAAUAAUGCUUGGUAGACCACCUGCAACGGGAGCUCCAGGAACAAAUGGAGCACCAGGCGUAAUUUCAGCAGCACCACCAGGUAUAGCAGGAGCUCCGCCUGGUUUAGGCGGUCCACCGGGGUUAGGAGCACCAUCCAUAGGUAUAAGGCCAUCGAUUUCCGGUAUCGGAACACCAGGAAGUAAUCCAAUUCCACCCAACUUUCCCGGAGUUCCUACAUCACCGACUCAACCAUAUAGUCCAAUGUAG